AUGGGGAGCGACCUUCACGGUCUUCCGCUCCGGAAGGCCCUAGUCAUGGUGGUUAACCUGGCUUCCACAGUACUCACCUUGAUGGCGGGUCUGCGCGAGAACCCCUUUAUCGUGCUGAUCACCGGGCGCUACGACGAGAUGCGAGCGCGGUUGAUGGAGAGACGCAUCAACUACAACCUCGUUCGAGACGACUUCCUCGAGGUCGACACGCUCACCAACUUGACUCGAGUGGGGGAGAGUUUCCGCUUCUUCUCGGCGCCAACCCGCAGUCCGGACAACCUCGGGGAGGACCGAAGCACCAUCUCGGCCCCAAGCUGCGACGUCAUCAACUUCACUCCGGAAUGGGUCGACGAGUGUGUCACCACCCAUGACAACUCAACCGACGACUGCUACCGCUACAUCCUCGACAAUUUUGUAGACCUGAAAGACAUUCGAGCGAUCCAGAACGGCAUCCCAGGAGACUUUGGCCGACCUGACGGAGCCAAUGGACCAACAAGCCGAGGUCAAGGUAACACAGGCUGGUUCACUCUGCUCGUGACCUACUCGUACGGCGUCGUCACGUUGGUCCUCGUUGCGCGAGGUGUCAUCAACGCUCUGGCCAAGCUCCGCGUCGUCAACUACGUACCGUCCAAGUUGCGCUUUGCUGGGGCUAGAAGAUACUUUCGUUAUAUUAUUCCACUGAUGAAUCUGUCCGUCUGGACAUCGGACGACGAGAACUCAAUCAUCCGAUUCAAGGGCAAAGUGAUCAUGGCGUCGGACGUCUGGAUCAACCACUGGCUCUACAUAUUACUGAGCAUUCUGGACGCGCUCGUAAGUAUGCGCAUGACCUAUAGCGUCUACGAGAUGGGACAAUGGAUGCUCUCCAUGCACAUUACCAUGGAUAACUUUAUCUUCAUGGCCUCAGCUCUCACGCGGCUCACGUGGCUCAUGUGCUUUGUCCACACAGUGGUGAGGCUGACACUCAAAUUGGCGGUUCGUUCACUGAAAGGCAUCAAGUUGAUUCGUCCACACCACCAGCAAACUAUCGAGUGGUACAUCGACUCGAGCGCGCUCUUUGUCAGCUACAAGGUUUACAGUCUGAUGCUGUGCUUCUUGCUGUACGUGCUGCUCAAAGUUCGCGGGGAGACGUCCUUCAUGGUAAACGCCCCGAAUUCCAGUCGCGGGAUCUUUGGCGGAGCUCCGUCGAUCGAGAACUUCUGGAACAGUGAGAUCAUGAUCGACUUCGUCGUGCUCCUUUCGCUCAUGAUGCUCGGAGGCGGCUUCUUUGGCUUUGUCAUGUUGCUGACUCCGUACAAGCGGUUGAUCCAGAAACGCUAUGUGUUUGUUGGAUGGGACCUUAGUGCAGUGCUGGACUCGCUCGGUAUCGACCCCUUCGACGAGACGCUCGUGAAAAAUGAAGUGGCCUCGACUAGCUGUCCGCUUGGGUGUAUUCUUCAGCAACUGUACCAGUCAGGACCGAGCGGCCAUGUUACGCUGGUAGCGGAUUAUAUUUUCCACGGGAGUGGGUUCUCGACGCCUCCGGUGGAGUUCAGCUUCCCUAUUCGGAAGGCCAUGGCGAUGGGUUUGAUGCGGGGAGAUAAAUCCACGCAGUCUCAUGUCAGCACGGCCAACACGAAAGUGGGCGCGAGCUCGAAGUACGCGGUGUCGGAUGUAACUGCGAACCACAGCAUAAAGUCGUCUGGAGCGGUGGGGCAUGACGGCGAAGAUGACGACAUGUCCGAGAUGCUGUACACCGACAGCAAGAGUUUGUUCGGUAAAAACCUCCGUCGUUUUGCCAAGACGACGUACGGGCGGGUGAUUCUCGUCGACCAAGACAAGCCUGGCAAGUGCGGCAAGAACGCUGCUGGCAUGCUGCAGUACAUCGCUUCAGACGCGCUUGCUUCGAUGAACAUCAUAUCAAGCACUUGCUCAACGGCACAAAGAACCUCACGGUCAGCUAAGAGAGGCGACUACGAUGAUAAAACGUUAGAGCAAACUCCAGCUGCAGAAGGCGUGGGUUAG